GGCGUGCGUGUCGCCAUGGCGACGGGCGGAGUGCGGCCCAAUAAGAGGCGGUCCCCGGCGGCGCAGCGGCUCAGUCAAGUGCCGGGACGACAAGCUGGAGUGACUGUUUCUCCCGGGAUAAACACUGCAUCUGUGCGUACAGGUAGCAUGAGGCUGCUGCUGCUGCUGCUGCUGGCGUGCGGCGCGGCACGCGGACUGCUGCCCGGCACGGACAAGUGCACGGCGGACCGCCUGGUCACGUACCGCCUCGUGCUGGACACGCACUGGACCCGCGAGCUGUUCCCCAAGCAGUACCCGGAGACCAGGCCGCCCGCGCAGUGGUCCAAGCUGGUCGGCCGCUGCCACGACGCCAGCUUCCGCGUGUUCCGGGAGGGCGAGCAGGCCGACCUGGCGCUGCGCAUCUUCUCCAGCACGGGCCAGUCUGACGGCCUGGAGGCUCUGAGCCAGAGCCACGCCGGCGUCUUCGACGAGUUCUCCGGAGCCGCCAUCCCGGCGGGCCGCGGCCGCGCCGAGGCGGGCUUCUUCAGCGACGGCAACCACAGCCUGGUUUCUGUCGUCGUGCGGAUAAUACCGUCCCCUGAUUGGUUCAUCGGGCUGGAUAGCGUCGACUUGUGCCACAAGGGGUACUGGAUCGACGCCUUGUCACUGGAGGUGGGGCCGAUGGACGCGGGUGCGGACGACGGCUUCACGUUCAGCGCCCCCAACUGGCCCAGCGACCCGCGCGCCCGCGUCACUCGCAUCACGGCGCGCCGGCCCAGCCACCCCGCCAACUCCUUCUACUACCCGGACAAGCGGCGGCUGCCCGCCCUCGCCACCUUCCACUUCUUCAAGGAGAAGGUGUACCGGCUGAGCGGCGCGCGCGCCGGCCAGGCCCAUGACGCCGCCAUGACAGUCGACCAGCUGGAGGGCGCGCGACAGGACAUGAGCAACGACGUGCCGCGGGUCCCGGCCGGCCGCCGGCCCAAGCACGGCAAGGGCCGCCGUCGGGCGCUGGCGUGCCGCGCGGGCGCGUGGAGCCCGUGGACGGCGUGCAGCGCGUCGUGCGGCGUGGGCGAGUCCUCGCGCACCAGGACCGUGGUGCAGCACGCGCGCCGCGGCGGCCGGCCCUGCCCGCCGCUGGCCGAGACGCGCUGGUGCGGCGGCCACACCGCCUGCCCGCAGGACUUCUUCAACUGUUUUCAGUGUUGCCUGAGCUGGACAGGUGACGUCCUGGCGCAGUGCCAGGCGUACGGCUCAGAUUUCAGUGAAGAUUAAGAUUAAUACGGCCUCAGGUGCUGAAGACUAUAUAUUAAAAUACUUCAAACACGGAAGUACAACUGAUAUCCCACCGCAGACUUUAUUCACGCAGUAAAAUGAUGCUUUUGGUAUGCUUUAACUUAAAUUUGCAAACUAAAUAAAUAAAAUUAAAUGUAGCUGACAAAUACAUGUUUAUAUUUAGCUCUCACAACAGCUGCCACUUCUUGAUUCUAGUUUCAAAUUUCUGUCUGCCUGUGUUUAAAAUUGGCUUUGCAAAAUUAUCAUCAUUAGCCACACCAAACCAAGCAACAGGGAUGAAUGUGUUCCACAUGAGAUUCUUACAACAUAGCUAACAGUGAUAUAAUUCACGUCCUCUAAAUAAAAAAAUAUAAAAAAUCAGAAAAGCAAACGUGUAAUGGAUGUCUCUUUAAAAAAAGUUAUAAUAUAGUAAUUACAAAUUAUUCUUUGGGAAUUUCACGUUAAGGCUGCCAUAUAAAAGAGCCUUUUCAUUGACGAUCAGCUGUUGGUAAUCGAUAUGAAAUUUUAUGCCUGCAGCAUGUGGCGCCGUGUUGAUGUUCAUCUUCAUCAGUCAAAGGCUAUUACUAAAUUUCGCCAUGCCUGUUGUUCGUUAUUAGUAGGUAAAUUGGAUGAACAAAAUAAAUAGUUCUGAAAAAUUGUACUAAAGAUUUUGCAAUCAUUUAUUUUUUUGAAUGAGAUAACAUAUUAUUAGUUUUGUAAGCGGUACUUAUUAUUAAAUGUUUAAUUUAAUAUGUAAGAAGUCACAAAUAUUAAUUGCAUUUUAUAUUAAUUAGGGUAAGUGUGUUGUGUACCUGAGUAGCUAUAUUUAUGAUGGUAUAAAUGGUUCAACAUUGUUAUUGAAAAGUGUGUUUUCAGACGCACCCAACAUAUCAUUCUAGUGAUCUCCUCAGCCUUAAGACUGUGGCUAGUGGUUGGAGUGUCUUUAUUUUCAGCCGUAUUAGUUGUUCGAUGUCGAGUGAAUAAAAUUAACUCUUCCUUAUUGUUUUGAAAGUCCGCUAUGCAAGACUUCUUGUAUUGACCGUUAGCAUGGUCAAGAUCUAUGUGCACGCAAGUCUGAACUUUGCCUUAUAUAUAUUUCCACUAGAAGAGACAUAACUGCAGUAAUUUAACUACAGUAUCACAAAGCUUAAAUAUUCACAAUUUUUGACGUUGAGAUAAAAUUGAAACGUUGAUAAUAUGCUAAAACAUAGCAUAGGAUUAAUUUUAGAUCUUAGGUUUAUUAUGGAUUAAAUGAAUACUUCUGAGAGCCGCAUAACAUCUUCAUGUAGGGUUGGUUGGUCGGUGGCCGUGCGCGCUAAGGAUAGGAAAACGACUGUGUGGGAGUCAAUGUAUACAUUUCUUCCUCCCUGUCCCUAAAUCUGGUAAAGUACUUCAUAAUGAAUUACUAUUAGCAAAAUGUAUCAUAAUUUCACUUCAAAAAACCAUAAUGACAAUCAUAUUUAAAAGUUUUUAAGGAUAUAUAUUUGAUUUUAAUUUAAUUUUGGCAUUAACUACUGUGUAAAUUGUUUUGUAAAAUAUUUAUAUUAUACAUAUGUAUCUUCACCUCCACAUCUCAAAAGUCUCUGUUUCUUAUAUCACAUUUACUAUGGUUCAAAAAUUAUUAACACGGUUUGGGGAAUAAAACUGGAGCGUGUCUAAAGUGUCCUUCCCCAGCUUAGUUGAAGCUGUUUCUGCGCUGAUGGUGACGAGGGUUGGCAUCACUGACAUUGCUGGAUAUUUUUGCCACCGAGUCGGCCUCCUAGUGACUUGCAGCUCACUGCGGUCUUGUGGAGAACCCGUCACCUCUGGCACAGUCAUUGCGGGGACACACUUGUCUUUUUUAAUUGUGAAAUCACGCUAACUCUUAUUAUAAACCUUGGGGGGAAAAAAGUGCAUAUUGAUUUUAAGCGACAAAAUAAACUGCUUUUCUAAUAUACUCCUAAGAUGACUCGGUUUUUGUCAGAUUUUAAUGUCGGCUAUGAGAAGGGAUUUUACCAGAAUGGAUUUCAGAAGUGUUCAGAUAAUCGCUAAUUAACUGUUGUGUUAGAAAGUGCUGCUAUCUUAGGAACUUCAUUUGCACAGAGAAUGUUUUCCGCAGUAGUUGCAGGUACCUAAGAAAGAAGAAACAAUAUAGUGUAGAUCAUAAAUGUUCUCAUAGGGUAGUAAUGUAAAAAGUUUUCGAGAGUUGUAAAUAUUAAUGCGGUAGUCAAAUUGUAAAGAGCUUGUGUUGUGUUUGAAUUAAUUCUUAGCAUUUUUGAUUCGUGUUAGUCAGGUGGUGUACACUAGAAACCCUAACGUGCUCUGCCACCAUAUGCUUAUAUUGACACUGCCUUUGCGGGUACCCUGGUGAAUCAUUACUGAACACUUAAUCAUGUGAAAUUAUUAAAUUGUAUAGCGCUAGUGGUGUCAUAACAAGUAGUUUUAAUUAGAGUGCACAUAUGAAAUAAUGUUAAAAUGUGUGUGUGUUCAUAUGUUCCGUACAUAAAAGCAAACUGUAAGUUAUAAACGUCACCAUAUCACUGUAUUACUCAAUUGUUAACGCUUUCCAAUGUUUUCUGCCUCAAAGGCUACCAGGGUAUAUGCAACUGACAUGACAUAUCAUUGCAAUUAGUUUGGCAUUCCUAGUAUAAGGCUAACCAUAAAAGUGCAACAAUGCUUUUAAAAGUAGGGCCAAGUGCAUAUUGACUGAAAAAUCAUCAGACUAUUUGUAUAUCGUUUGUAUGUGAGCUGCAUUAGUAAAACACGACUACAGGGCAUUAAAUAUUAAAAAAGAAUUGUAAUGGUGAUAUUGUUUUAUACUGUAAGAAUUUUUAAUGUAUUAAUAUUCUAUAAGUUGAGCAAAGUGUCCAUGUUCACUUCAAAUCUGUGUUGCCUAUUGCCAGAUCAUUAAAAAAAAAAUGUUUAAAACUUUUCUUUGUAUUGUUUUGUAUAGAAAUAUUUAAAUAAAAUAUUUUGUGAGAUACAA